ACGCACGUGGGUAGCUUUUCCGUGAAGAGCAGUUUCACUUUGAAAGCAUGGAUCACACCAGAAAUGACUACAUAUUCCAAAAAACAUUUUGUCCCUAGCCGGGUGACGUGUUUUCAAAAUACACGGAGUUAGUCGAUGACUUUUAUUUUGUUUUAAAACUAGUUAAUAACUUCCAGUGAUAAUUAAACUAUAGUAACGUAAGCAUGAGGACGAGGAACCUCUUGACCAAAGCAGGUGUUUUGGGCUCGGUGUCCAUGGCGUUUGGAUCCAUGCUCUGGUCUCAUAAGAAGACAGAACCAACCCAGACGGAUUCGGUUUCGGCCCCCUCAUGCAAGGAACCACCUUUUCCUUACGAGCUCAAACUCGUACAAGUCCUGUUCCGCCACGGAGCCCGAACCCCGCUGAAGUCUAUACCAGGCAUCAUGGAGGCCCAGUGGGUGCCUAACCUCCUGGAACCCCCAGCACACACACAGAUCAACUAUGUGGUGACAGACCUGGAAGGAGGUCCACGGCCCUCCUCACCGGUGGAGGACAGCUACCGGGCCAACAUACUGACGGGGGGUACGUACCCAGGUCAGCUGACCACUGUGGGCAUGCAACAGCUGUAUGAGCUGGGAGAGAGGCUGAGGAAGAGAUACAUCCAGGACACAGCCUUCCUCAACCCCACCUUCAGCCCUACAGAGGUUUAUGUGCGUUCCACUAACAUUGUGAGAACCAUAGAGUCUGCCAAGUGCCUGGUGGCAGGGCUGUUCUAUCAAAGCCAGAGAGACAUGGUUCCCAUUCUGACGACUGAGGCAGAGUCAGAGAUCCUGUACCCUAACUACCAUGGAUGCAGACUGCUCAAACUCCUCAGCGGUCAUCGCUGGGCGGAGUCAUCCACUCUGCCAGACAUUGCUGCGGACCUGAGGAGCAUCAAGAGUGCUCUGGGCAUCGCUGCCCAACAACGGGUUGACUUCAUCCUCAUCAGGGACGACAUGGUGGCAAGAGAGACCCACGGCCUACCCUGCCCACCAGUCCUUGACUCCUGGAGAAACACAGUGGAGCGGAGAGCUGUGGAGAUGAUCUACCACAUCUACGAACCCAGCAAGAGGGAGAACCUGCAGCUGUGUGUGGGUCCCCUCCUGCGUGUCCUAAUGGGCAACAUAGAAGAUAAACUACAGGACACAACCUCAGAGCCCAACAGGAAGCUCUUCCUGUACUCUGUCCACGACACCACUCUGAUACCCUGUCUCAUGGCUCUGGGGAUUUUUGACAUGCGAUGGCCACCAUACGCUUCAGACAUCACCCUGGAGCUGCACCAGCACCGGCAGACCAAAGAGGCCUUCGUCAAAGUGUCCUACAUUGGCCAGGACCAGUUGGUUCCAGGCUGUAGUGGAGUCUACUGCCCCCUGCAGGAGUUCAAGCAGGCCCUCUCCAACUACUCACUGACCUUUGAGCUCUACGAGUCACUCUGCAACCGCACAAAGGGCGUGGAUGAACCCUGAGGUUUCUGCGACCCCCAGCUCUACCCCAUGCACUCACUGUUACCAGCCACCGUGUUUACAUCCCACCAGAGACUUCCACUCUCCAGCCCUAGCCUAGCCAGUGUAUUACAACAGAGGUUUUCAAAGUGUGGGUAUGCGGUUGUCUUAAUGCUCAUUGACGGGAGGCCCACUGUCUCAAACUUUGAAAACAGGCUGUAUGACAGUACAAACUGUGUGUUAGGAUACCUCACUGUCUAAACGCACAAAUAUAGCUUCACUGUCAAAGUGUAUAACUGGCUUUGAAACCACAUCCAGCUGAUUUACAUUUACAUUUAAGUCAUUUAGCAGACGCUCUUAUCCAGAGCGACUUACAAAUUGGGCUGAUAUCAGGGCAGUGGGCAUCCUGUGUGUUACUGCUCAUACUGGUUAAGAUGAAGAGUUUUACUUAGAGGUCUUAAUUUUUGAAAUGAUCUGGUAAUAUAUUCUGCCUUAAAAAUAAGUGUGUUACCAAUUUAUAUUCAUACGUUUACAUUCUGUGACUACUAUGCACACAGCAAUGUGUAUUUACUGUAUAAAUUCAGUAUAUCUGAUUACUUUAUGCACAGCACUGUAAAUUAUAGUGCACCAGAUUCUAACUAGCUGAAAUAUGUUCUGGCUUUGUUGCUUUUAGAGUGAACUAAAUUUCUUCAUAUCAAACUGCAAUCUUUUCCUCAGGGGAAAACCAAGCACAUCAUGUUCAUAAACCAAGGGAACCAAAAUGUGUGUGUGUGUGUGUGCACGUUUACCCACUCCAAAUCAUUCAUUUUAGAACCUGUUAAAAGGGAAUCACUGCUAAAAGUCUGUCGUGAGUGAAACACUAGGUGCUGCCUUUUAGGAUUGUAUUGUGUAUAAAUGAAAUGCAUGGACCUAUGAGCAAAUAUACACCCCCACACUGGAGUGAUUUAAUUUGCUUGUUAGUUGUAUGUUUAUCAUGGAGAGUUGCCCUGAAAUUCUUUGCCUUUGCUUUGGAGUGGUGGAGAGUAAUAAAAGAGUUGGUCAAGGCUCUCA